GUCAACGGAAGGAGUGAGGCCUAAUUUAAUAGGUUUCUGUGCCACACAGCAGACCUAAUCAAUUACCGUGAAAAUAUUGAUAUCGGGUAAAUCAACAAUGAAUUGUGACACCCAUCCGAUGGAUUGGUUAGUUGGCAGCGGAUGUCCAACUCGUCCGCAGAAUGUCCAACGUGUGCCGGGACCUACGACUGUAUCUCCGACUGCUGCACCUCCUGGGUCUGAUGUGCUGGCAUUUCGAUCCGGAUGGCUGUCAGCUAGUGAGCACGCCCCAAAAGGAGCGAUAUGCGUUGGUUUAUGCGGUCUUCAUUUUGGCCACUGCCACGGCAUGCUUCACCUUUGCACACCUCCAGCCGGAUCGCUUUCACAUACCCGUUUACAACCGGACGGGAAAUUUCUAUGAGUCCGUAAUCUUUCGCAGCACUUGUCUGGUGGUGAUGCUGCUCUACGUAAUUCUCUAUGUACGACGGCACCGGCACAGGCAAUUGGUUCAGCAUCUCUUGCGAUUGAACAGACGGUGCGUGGACAGGUCCACAGAUCGCCAAUUUCUGAACAACUUAAUACUGUACGGCGUGUUGUCAGCGGUCUGUUUUGGCAACUAUCUGUACGGUUAUAGUCGUGCCGGAUUGGCUGCCAUUCCUUUGGCCCUAAGCAUGGUGGUCCACAUCUAUGCCUAUCUGGUACUCUGCCUGCUUUUGGUGUUCUUUGUGUGCCUCAAGCAGAUUAUGGCUGCUGGCCUGGCUUAUUACAACCGGCAGUUGGGCCAGGGCGAACUGGUUGCGGGUCUUCAAGGCAGACAGCAGAUCCUGGCAGUGUGUGGCGGUGAGCUAAACGAGUGUUUCGGCCUGCUCAUGCUGCCCAUUGUGGCGCUGGUGCUUCUGAUGGCGCCAUCGGGACCCUUCUAUCUAAUAAGCACCGUGCUGGAGGACAUGUUCGCUCCGAACGAAUGGCUGACAAUGCUAUUGAUCUCCUCCACCUGGGAUACACCCUGGAUGAUCAUGUUGGUUCUCAUGCUGCGUACAAAUGGCAUUACGGUGGAAGCAAAUAAAACGGCAAAAAUAUUGGCCAAAGUACCUAGGACCGGUACUGGUUUGGAUCGAAUGAUUGAGAAAUUUCUAUUAAAAAACCUUCGACAACAGCCCAUUCUAACAGCCUAUGGAUUUUUCGCCCUGGAUAAAAGCACUUUGUUUAAGCUAUUUACAGCAAUAUUCACGUAUAUGGUUAUUCUGGUGCAGUUCAAGGAGAUGGAGAUUACUACAAAAACGACGAACAAAUUUUGAUCACUUACCGAAUCGUACGUUAAGCAGCCCGUAGCCUUUGAUCUAUAGUUUC